AGCGUGAGGGUUCUUGUAUUGGACGCAAGGACACUGAAUGAAGAGAUCCCCCGCGUCAUGACGUGCUUAGUAGAAUUCUGUUCAAUAUAGAUUUCUUUGUAAUUUACACAAGUUCCCAUUUCAAUUUUGUACCUGAUAUUUUAUGACGUUUCCGGUACCGGAGCGAUAUAUUUGUCAGCGGCUACAUGGGACACUAGUUAUUCAUUAACUAGAGAGCUACAGAAAACAUGGAGCGAGGACAGACUUUAUUUUUCUUCUGUCUUAUCAGCUAUUUCAGGUCUUUAUUGUGUUGUCAAUGCUUUCCUUCGCAUAUACAAACGGAUUAUUGUGCAGCAAGUAUCGUUAUAAAAGUGAAAGUUCAAGAUCUAGCGAUGAGUGAUUCUGAGAAAUGGCUUCGGUAUGAUGCAAAUAUUUCCACAGUUUUCAAGGGCCGUGAAACAUUUUUGUUUAGCAUACCCGACACAAUGGAAAUCGGCACCCCAGGGCCAGCGCACUCCUGUGGUGUCCAAUAUCUAAAGCCAGGUCUGGAAUACCUAAUAUCAGGUAAUAGGGAUGAACGUGGACUCAGAGCAAACGCCUGCUCAGGCGUCAAGUUCUGGACAGAUAUCCAAGCAACUCUUCUCCACAACGUGGACUGCAAUUGCAAAAUUUUCAUUCCAAAAACAUGGAAUAUUCCCAUGAAGAACGAAUAUCCACCCAAGACAGAUGACAUGUGCCUCGCUCCUACCAGGGGCACUUGUCAAUUUAAAUCGGGUGUGUGUAAAAGGGAUCAAAAUGGUGUUUGUCAAUGGAACCUUGUUAAACCUUGUUCGGAUAAGGCUCCGUAAAUUUAUUUCAAAGGAAAUAGGGAAUCCAGUAGUUUUUCUUUCGACUAUAACAUGGUGAAAUGAAUGAAAGUUAUGGGAAAUUUGUAAUGUUUUAAUUUUCUAUUAAUUUACUGAAUGUGUUAAUAUGUAGAAAUCUAAUCACACGAUUUUAAUUUCUACUAUAACAUUCGCCAUGUGAAUUCCAAAUUCAAAACAUUAUCAAUUUAUAAACUACUUUUCCCAAAAUCAAUAAUAAAUCCAGCGAGUUGAUAAAAUGUUUUUUGUUAUUAUCACGUGCUAAGUUGUUUAUGUUUUGUUAAAUUAGGGUAUUUAUCAUGUGCUUGAAUGUUUUAUUGAUAUUGUGUCAUGAAAAAACUGUCUAUACAGUUUGAUAAUUGUGAUAGAGAAUGUACAUAAUAUUUUUUGAAUGCUGUGAAAUGAACAUAAUAUUUUUGAACUGUAUAAUACUAUUUUUAAU